UCCCAGGCAAAGCUCUUUUCUGUGCGGCGUGUGUGGAGAGCAGUGAUCCGCCCGGACCAGGGGAGACGAGAAGCAGUUUCAUUUCACUAACUGGGACCAGCAAGACACCCGUAUUGGGCAGGAAGCAGCAUGGGGAUUAAAUUUUUGGAAGUAAUCAAGCCCUUCUGUGCUGUUUUGCCGGAAAUCCAAAAGCCGGAAAGGAAGAUUCAAUUCAGGGAGAAGGUGCUAUGGACGGCCAUCACCCUUUUCAUCUUCUUGGUGUGCUGCCAGAUUCCUCUCUUUGGAAUCAUGUCCUCGGACUCGGCAGAUCCCUUCUAUUGGAUGAGAGUGAUCCUCGCUUCAAACAGAGGUACUCUGAUGGAGCUGGGUAUCUCCCCCAUCGUCACCUCUGGUCUCAUCAUGCAGCUCCUCGCCGGUGCUAAAAUCAUCGAAGUGGGCGACACACCCAAAGACAGAGCGCUUUUCAACGGGGCUCAGAAAUUGUUUGGAAUGAUCAUCACGAUCGGCCAGGCCAUUGUUUAUGUGAUGACUGGGAUGUACGGAGACCCCUCUGAAAUGGGAGCUGGAAUCUGCUUGCUUAUCAUCAUUCAGCUGUUUGUUGCCGGUCUGAUUGUCCUCCUGCUGGAUGAGCUGCUGCAGAAGGGAUAUGGCCUGGGCUCUGGGAUCUCUCUCUUCAUCGCCACCAACAUCUGCGAGACCAUUGUGUGGAAAGCCUUCAGCCCCACGACUGUGAACACUGGCCGAGGUACGGAGUUUGAAGGAGCCAUCAUCGCACUCUUCCACCUGCUGGCCACGCGUACAGACAAGGUGCGCGCGCUGCGGGAGGCGUUCUACCGGCAGAACCUGCCCAACCUGCUCAACCUGAUCGCCACCGUGUUCGUCUUCGCUGUGGUCAUAUACUUCCAGGGUUUCAGAGUGGACCUGCCCAUCAAGUCUGCCCGCUAUCGUGGCCAGUACAACACCUACCCCAUCAAGCUGUUCUACACCUCCAACAUCCCCAUCAUCCUGCAGUCCGCCCUCGUCUCCAAUCUCUACGUCAUCUCACAGAUGCUGUCUACGCGCUUCAGCGGGAACUUCCUGGUCAACCUGCUGGGGACCUGGUCGGACACCUCAACGGGCGGUCCGGCGCGUGCCUACCCCGUUGCCGGGCUGUGUUACUACCUCUCUCCCCCGGAGUCCUUCGGCUCAGUGCUGGAAGACCCGGUUCAUACGCUCGUCUACAUCGUCUUCAUGCUGGGCUCCUGCGCUUUCUUCUCCAAGACGUGGAUUGAAGUCUCAGGCUCUUCUGCUAAGGAUGUUGCAAAGCAGCUUAAAGAACAGCAGAUGGUGAUGAGAGGCCAUAGAGAAACCUCCAUGGUGCAUGAAUUGAACAGGUACAUCCCCACAGCAGCUGCGUUUGGGGGGCUGUGUAUCGGCGGGCUGUCGGUCAUGGCUGAUUUCCUGGGUGCGAUUGGAUCAGGGACGGGAAUCCUGCUGGCCGUCACGAUCAUCUACCAGUAUUUUGAAAUAUUCGUCAAGGAACAGAGUGAAGUUGGAAGCAUGGGAGCCCUCCUUUUCUAACCACAACAGAGCGACAAGUUGAUCCUGUACACUUUGCUUUCUUUCCUUUUUUUUUUUUUUUCAAUUAAUAAAUAUUUUCUUACAUUAUCAAAACGGGGAGAAUGUUUUAUUUCCCCCCCCUCGACUCUUAUUGGGGUGGUGAAACAGGUGUACAGUGGCUGUUGCGAUUUGUACUCCUAAUGACACCCCUGCGUCCCAAGCCCUUGAUGGGGGCAGGGGAAGCUGCAUUUCAGUCCAGGUUUCCAGGUGUAGAAACAAGGAGCUUGGCUGCCCCUCUGGCAGGCUGAGCAGUUGUAGUUCUGAUAGUUACUCCAUGAACGUUUCUUCCCAUGUUGAGAGGUGUUGAUACUGCAUGCCAUAUUGGCUUUUCUCUACUUUCAGCUUCUUGUAUUUGUGGUUCUUUGUUUUUUUUUUCUUACUCCACAGUUCUGGUUGAAAGCACAGGUCUCAACUCUCACAGUAUCACGAGUCGCUUCUCCCUAGCGUCCCGCUGACCUGACUGUUCGAGCGCGCAGGCAUGCGGUUAAAUGUUCACGUGCUGGAUCUUUACGAAAUGGGGGCUUCUGCAGUCCUUGGCAAGGUUUUCUGUUUGUAAAGACAUUUGAAAAGCAUGCUGGCAUAGUGUUUGAUAGGAACGGUAAUCCUCCUGUCUGUUCACCAGUGUGCCUGCAUUCUGAAUGCAGUUAAACCAUUUCACAGACACUAGAUCAGAGUCCACCAACACUCAUUCAGGUAAUGUGUUUGAAUGAUAUUCCUUUUGUGUAUACACUAUACGUGUUGCCCAAGGGUAAUUGGCACACACACAAUUGUAUAUACACCCUGUUAUCUGAAUAUAUAUUUUCUUUUAGUGAAAUUUUAAUGCAGUUUAGAAUUGUCUGUGUUUGUAUCAAAUCAACACUGCUGCUAAACACAUAGCAGGAGCUCCCAGGCACGCUGGAAGCAUGGGGUUGUGGUGGCUGAUUGCGGGCCACGGGCCACGGUUUUGUUUUUGUUAUUGCUUUUUGCUGGACGGCUCGUGGGUUUCUGUAUAGCAGUGUACAUGCCACUCCAUGCAUCCCUGCUCAGUGUGAAAGAAGGGCUUUAUACAUUUCAAACUGCAGCAGUCUCAACAUCAACAACAUGCAUUCUGUGCAAAUAAAGAAUAUUCUCAAUAAAACUAAAAGACCAAA